CGAAAAACCAAGACUCUAUGGAUAGCGAAUUGUAAUAACCCUGAUUCUUUGUCUCCCCUCAUUAUAUAUCAUAAGAGCAGCCGCCGAUACCGCCAUGUCCGUAAAUGAUACCUACCGAGCGUCCAGCCCAGAGCACGAGCCAGAGCUCACUGCCGAAACUACUUGUCGAGCAAAUUGCAGAACUCAAGGAAUCUAUACCCCCCUCCUCUGCACCUGUCAUCGCAAUUGAUCUUGAUGACGUGUUGAGUUCGACCAAUGCUGUCGUAGCGCAAUGGCACAAUGAGAUUUAUGGUACCCAAAUGACCACUGACGAUUUUUACUACUAUUUCUACUGGAAGAAUCCAUUCUGGGGAACGCCUUCCACCACGCGCUCAAAGGUUAAAGCGUUCUAUACAAGCGGUCGGAUGGCGCAGGCACAGCCCGUACCUGGUGCACGCGAGGGCGUAGAGGCCCUGUGCGCGCUGGGCUACCGCUUGAUCAUCGUCACAGCUCGGGGCAAAGAUUCCCACGCUGAUAGCUGGGCUUGGGUCGAACGUUGGUUCCCCGGAUGCUUUCAUAGCAUGAUAUGCACUGGCCAGUUUGCGAACGCCGGAAAGCGUGCGACAGAUGGCAUAGACGCCUUGACGAGUGCGAGAAAGGAUCAUGAGGUUGCCACGCAAUUGAGCAAAGCGGAGGUCUGUAUUGACAUCGGAGCCAAAUUAUUGAUCGACGACUCGAUGGAAAAUGCAUUGGCCUGCGCCUAUCAUAUUCCGUUAGAUGGAGUAACAAAGCCUCCCCCGCGGCUAUCACUGGCUUCUGAUGAGUGCAACGAUAUGGUUUACGAAGUUCGUUUGCAAAGAGAAGGACCAAAGUUCCUGGAAGAUGAUGAGAAGCGAGGAGACGAGAUAUUGGAGCAAGCAAACACCCGUCUUUCGGUGCGCCGAGUUGGAGACUGGAGUGAAGUCGUGCGAUAUGUCACGAAGUUGAAGGGUAGCCGUUUGUAG